AUGACGAGACUGAACCCCAACGCUGGCGAGUGGGUCCCCCCAACUUUCGGUUCCGCGCCAGUUGCCACGACUUUUUCACCUAAAUCAGUAGCCACCACGUCGAUACUCAUCGAUGAAAAAACGUCGAAGAGUACUGAUCAGCAACUACCGAUCGACACGCCCCCAAUUACAGCCAAUGAGAAGACGCCAUUGACGCAUGUGACUCCUACACUGGGACACGAUGUGGCGGUUGAUGCGAAUGGCGACUGCAUUUCUUAUGAGGGGUACUCGCUGCUGCAGGACCGGUUCAUUUACUCGAGAGAGUAUCUACUAGCGUUUCAAGUGUUAGGAGAUCGCGUUAUCAAGAGUAUUCCAGACGUGGUUCGAAACCCGUCGCCGGUGAAAAAAAUUGGGUGCAAGCUGAAAGGCAGACUGGUGUAUACGAUUGCGGAGCUGCUGCUGUUUGAACCACUGUAUGAAAUGAUGCCGGAAGGUUUCACGUGGGCCGAUACGAUUGGUGCCGAUGCUGUCAUGGACGAGAACAAGGGCAAGAAGAGCAAGAAAGACAAGUACCGUCAGCAGCAUGGCAACGUCCUGUCGUAUGACGCGUCGCUGGUGUGCUACUUCAACCCGACAGAAUAUUCAGCAGCCAUGAACAUGGGACUUUACACUGGCCCGGCUACUGAGACAACCUCGAACGGCACCGAUGGCAGGAGUACGGUGGGCGGUGUUGAACCGGUUAACCUGGUGGAGGAAGCAACGAUCGCCAGGCGCCGUAUUGCUGCAUUGCUGGAUGAUGUCAAACCCGAUUCUGUAAUCUCCAUUCUGGAGUCUUUUACGAGUAUCGUGAUCAGCUGCACUCAUACACUGCAAGAAAUGAUCGACCAGUUAUUUGACCGCGCAAUCGCAAAUCCUGAAUUGAGCGACUCGUAUGCUAAAUUGUGCACUGGAAUGUCGGAGCGCACACCGGAGUUUAAAGAUGGCGCAAAGACAAUCAACUUUCGGCGAAUUCUUCUCACCAAGUGCUAUGAAUCUCUCAUCGAAGAGCCCGAGAGUCAACCGUCGCACCAUGUUGGCAAGAAGAUUGGAAAUACGCAGCAUUCGUGGCGACGAAAGUGUAUGCUGCAAAACGUGGGCUUUAUCGGAGAGCUGUUCCGGCGUCAACUGCUCACCGAGAACAUUAUGCAUGUUUGCGUCGCGAUGAUGCUGGAUGAUGAGGUGAAACCUCAACCUGAAAUAAUUGAAGCGGCGUGUGGACUUUUGACUCUGGUUGGCGAUCUGCUUGACGGAUCGAGUCCUGCCUCGCGGCGAACAAUGGACGAGUAUUUCGAAGUCCUGGUGCGUAUCCAAGAGAACUGCGAGCUACCGGACCGCGUGAAGAAGCUUAUUAGCGAUCUCAAAACCGUGCGAGCGUGUGGAUGGUUGAAAACUCGUCGAGAUAGUUCGUCUGCUUCAAGUGCACCCGCAUCUCCAACGGAACCGAUGAACAAGGCAAGCAAUGGACCGAUCACCCUCUCACAAGUACCAAACGCCGUGCCGGCGACAGGAAAUGCAUCACUAGCUGAGACUUGA